UUUUUCAAUCAAAAUCUUUCUUUUGCUUCAAACAUAUUCACAUAAGCUCAAACAAACUCUUUCCCUUCAAAUUUUAUUACUUUCUCAAUUAAACUCUUAUAUGCUUCAAACAAAAAAUGGAAACUGUGAAACCAAAAUCAGCAAUGAACAACAGAAGCAAGAAAUUUGUUCAGACAUUUCAGAAAGUGAUUAGUCUCAAAAGUGCAACAAAAAUUGCUUCAAACAAUGGAAUUUGCAUGCUCAACUCAAAUCUCAAAGUGAAAGAAGAUUCUUUCACAGAUCAUCAUACCAAAACCAAUGGCAACAACAAGAACAAGGCGCGAAAUAAAGCGGUUAUGGAAGCUCUAAUUGCGAGGCUUUUCGCCGGUGUUACAACCAUAAAAGCAUCAUAUGCAGAGCUUCAAAUGGCUCAACAUCCUUACAACAAUGAUUCAAUUCAAGCAGCUGAUCAAGCAGUGGUUGAUGAACUAAGAGCCAUCUCAGAAUUGAAAAGAAGGUUCUUGAAAAAAGAACUUAAUCUUUCACCUCAAGUUACAAUAAUGCUUGCAGAGAUUCAAGAACAACAAAGUAUAAUGAAAACCUAUGAAAUCACAAUCAAGAAACUUCAAGGAGAGGUUGAUGCAAAAGACUCACAAAUCUCAUCACUCAGAAAAAAACUUGAUGAAUGCAUUUCAUUCAACAAAUCACUUGAAAAAAAGCUGAACUCAAAUGCUUCUUUAUCACUCUUUGUUAACCUUGAAUUUUCAAUGUUGAAUCAUACUCAUUUUGUUUAUUUUCUUCAUCAUACUUUGAGAUCAAUAAGGACUUUUGUGAAGCUGAUGAUUGAAGAAAUGGAAUCAGCAAAUUGGGAUGUUGAAGCAGCUGUUAAAUUCAUUCAUCCAAACGCAGUUUUCAAUAAACCAAGUCAUCGUUGUUUUGCUUUUGAAUCAUUUGUUUGCAUAACAAUGUUUGAAAGUUUCAACUAUCCAAAUUUCAUUUUUUCAAAUGACCCUCUUCAAAAUAAUCAUCAAAAUCACUACUUUGACAAAUUCAAGAGACUAAGAUCUUUGAAUCCAAAACAAUACUUAGAAAACAAUCCAAAUUCAUCUUUUGCAAAGUUUCUAAAAUCCAAAUAUCUUCAACUUGUUCAUGCUAAAAUGGAGUGUUCUUUGUUUGGAAAUUUGAACCAAAGGAAGCUAGUGAAUUCUGGAGGGAAUCCAGAUUCUGCUUUUUUCUUAGCUUUUGCUGAGAUGGCAAAGCGAGUUUGGACACUGCAUUACUUAGCAUUCUCAUUUCAAGAAAAUGUUAACAUUUUUCAGGUUAAGAAGAAUACAAGAUUCUCUGAAGUUUACAUGGAAAGUGUUACAGAAGAAUCAGUUUCAACUACUUCAGGUUCAGUGGAAUCUACAGAUUCUAAUUCCGGCGAGUUUCGCGUGGUUUUCACGGUGGUGCCAGGUUUUAAAAUUGGUAAGACAGUGAUACAGAGUCAGGUUUACUUGUCUUUGAUGGAUUCUCCUUCAAGUUCAUGAUAGAAAUUAGUAUUAUUUGAUCAUGUUAUGGUUGGUAGUAACCAUAUAUUAUGAGUAUAUUAUACUCAUAAUAAUGUAUUUGUUAAGUAUAUAUAUUAAGGGUUAGUUUUGAUUUAAAAACAUUUAUUAAAUAUAAUAAGUAGUCCAUUGUUACUUGAGGAAAAAUUAUGGAUGCUAAACUAUUCCUGUAUAAUUAGGCAUUUUAGAAAGUUCUAAUAUUGUACAUUUAAUUUGAUCUCAAAAUAGGGAUUCUAAUUCAGGUUCUAAGUGCUUAUACAUUUUAAAUUUGUCUAUUCAGUUUUCUGCAUUUUGUUGCUG